ACAGCCACGUUCCGACUUUGCUCUGCGAGCCUGAGUUUUUCUCAUCGUGGGAAAAUGUCUUAUCGCGAUUUACGGAAUUUCACGGAGAUGAUGAGGGUGCUGGGCUAUCCGAGGCUGAUCUCUCUCGCAAAUUUUCGCGCGCCGAAUUUUCCUCUGGUCGCGGAAAUUCUUGUCUGGCUCGUGAAACGUUUUGACCCAGAUGUCGAUAUACCGAGCGAUCAGGAGACCGAGGACCAACGCGUGGCGCUGAUACGCAGCGUCGCUGAGUUUAUGGCUGUAAAAACGAAUGUGAGGCUAAACACGAAGAAGCUAUAUCAAGCCGACGGUUACGCGGUGAAGGAAAUGUUGAAAAUAACCACGUUGUUGUACGACGCGCAAAAUAGCACCAGCAUCGAGCAAACUCGACCGAGUAGCAAUCAGAGUACGGUAAACUUUGAUAUAUCUGAUAAAAUCAACGAACUGAAAACCACCCGGCAGCUCGCCAGUCAGUUAACCAUCAAUGGUGCAACUCUCUUUGAUUUGCUUGGCCGGGAAGUGGAGCUUCGCGAGAUUCGCAAUACCAAGGUUGCUCGACAAUUCGACACCUCGGAAAUAGAAGUUGCCUUAAAAGACGUUAUCGAGAGCACGCGUAAAGAAAUUGACGAGACCAAGAAGCAAAUCGAUAAUGUUAAGGAUACGGAACAGAACUUGGACACGAGAAUCGAGAGACGACGGACGGAACUCGAUAGAAAUCAAAAGAGACUUCAGACGUUGAAAAAAGUUCGUCCGGCAUUCAUGGAGGAAUUUGAAAAGCUCGAGGUUGAAUUGAGAGCUCUGUAUGACGAGUAUUUGCAGAAAUUUCGUUAUCUGGCGUAUUUGGAACACGUGCACGAAGACGCGGCCAAAGCGGAGCAAGAACGAUUCGAAAGACGACAAGCCGCAACGAAAAAGCAACUGGAGCAAAUGAGAGCCGAGGAUUCGAGUUUCGAAAGUAUGAUGGAAGGAAACGAUUCUAUAUUUAGCACGAAUCUUCAAGAAUCCUUAGUUACUCCUCUCACAAACCCCGAGGCUGCGUCAGCAGAAAGAACUGUUGGUCAGUCCGCCCAGGUCAAACCAAACACCGCGAGAGCGUCAAAGAUGCAAUAUACUCAGCGGCGUAUUUACGGCAGCAUGUCCGGACGGCGAAGAGGCACAAUUCAAGAAUCGAAUGUCAGCGACGGCUCGCUGGACAGCGACAGUGAUUUGCUGAUCGACGGCGAUCUCGACGACGACGACGACGAGGAUCUUUUGAAUUCCGUUGGCGCCGCGGACAUUGCCGGCUACAAUAAAGCCGGUCAGGAAAAGCGAUCUGUCAGUAAGAUAGACAGACAUUCGGACGAUGAUUUUUAAUUAAGGUUUUAAUUAACAUGAUUUCUUUAUUGAUGUACAUAUAUAUCGUCUAGGGUUUUUUCUUGUAAGAUACAACACAACAGAAAUUUGUAAGAAAGAAAAAAUUAUGUAUUUGUAACAAACGUCAAAUCACAAACUUAAAACCACACGAUGCAAUGUAACUCUUAAUAAAUAUAUAUGAUACAUGUAAAUAUGAAACAUAUUUGUAUUAUAAACGUGAACAUAUAUUAUAAAUAUAAAAUAUCUAUAAGGAAAGAGAAUUCCGGAAAAAGUUUUUAAAGCUUUUCAAUAUUCAGCGCUCAGAAGAAAAAUUUCCGCAUUACAUUUUUCCGCAUUUCACUUGUGAAGGAAUCUUCUCUUUCCAUAGAUAUAUUUAUUUGCCAACAAUGUAUUUAAAUAGGUCGGAUGACUGUGAAGAGAAAAACUUAAUGUUUGAAAAUAACUACUUCGUAGUUCUUCUAGAUAAGCAACCGAGAAAAGAGAGAGAAAGGUGCAUACAUGUAUAUUGUCCUAUUAUUUAUAUUUAUUCGUUUCGCCAACAUAAUUGUCAAUGUCGAAUACGUUUUCGAGCAACGAUCACAUGUAUGUUCUUUACUUAUCUCUUAAACGUCGUGUACGUAUUAACGUACGUGUAUACACAUAUAUACAUAAAUGUGCGUGUAUGUGUUUUACGUGUAUGUGCGCGCGUAAGAAAUAUGAAUCUUCAUCAUAGUUUUUAAUAAAGUAGAAAGACUUUGCUGUGUGUGUGAGUGUGGUCGGUUACACAGCGGAGUUUUGAGUUAUCGAUUUUUGGCUGCAGGUAAGUAAAUCUACAGUACUUGAAACGCGUUCUCUUUUUUUUUUUUUUACUAAGUUCGCUUGCGUGUGCAACUUCACCAUCGACUUGUGUACUCACUUGUGCGUAUGAUAUUCAAUGGAAAGAGAUCUUUUAUAGCAUUUGUUAAUUGAAAUAAUCAUCGUCUUUUUUUUUCGCUCCAGAGAGCAAUAAUCGAAAAUAAAAAAUAAUAGAAUUCAGUGUGGCAAGUCAACAUAUUUCACGAACUUUUAUCCCUCUAUAAAAUGAAACAAAUAAACAAAACAAAUUGUCUUCAUCUAUACGUAUAAAAAAAAAAACAAACUAACUUCUUCAUAAACUUUUUCAUAUAAAUUUUUUUUUUGGUUGGAACAAAAUUCAUGUUUUGAUGAAUCAAACGUCCUAAACUCUCCGACAAAUUGAAUCUUGAAUUUAAUAAUAGUUCCUCGAAAAUAUUACGUGUUCUAAACUGUCUUCGUAGAUCGAAUAUGUUUCUCUCUCUAAUGUAAUCCUAAAUACAUAUUAUACAUACAUUUUGCUAUGCUAAUUAUUGAUUUCUAUGGGAUAUGCAUAAGAUACAAUGUACGGAUUUACAAGUACUUUGAACAAAACGAGAACAUUUUACUCAAAAUAUAAGAGCAAAUGUACAGAUAAUAUCUAACGUUUGUGUGCUCACACUGUAUUUUAUCGCCAGCUGCUUGUUUUUUUCUUUUUCUGUUUUUUUUCUGUUUUUUUUUUUUUUUUUUUUUUUUAGACCGUGACUUAGGCCUUCCGUAAUACAACUCCUCAUUAACAACUGUACGAAUUGUCGCAAAUGAUUACAUUUGUUGUGCGAAGAAAAGUUGCACAAUAUCAGAUACAAGAAUUUGUAUAAAAUUGUGUAAGAGAGAAGCACUACUAUGUAGCAUCAAAAAAAAGAGAGACGAAACUCGUCUCUCUUGAGACUUUUCCCAGCAGCCAUUCAGAAAUCCGUCACGUAGAAAAAUAUGAUAUUAAUUCGCGUUUUUCAGUUGGAAACGCUGCGGUCAUUUCUUUCAGUUAUUUUUUUAUUUUUUUAUUUUUUUGAAUACGACAGUCUCUAUUAAUUCCCGUUAUUAGGCGUAUCCUCCUCUGUGUUUCGCAAAAUUUAAAAACGCAGUCCGUCGUGUGAGAAUUAUAUCUCGCGAAACGUGAAUUUUGCCAAAAAAAAAAAAAAAA